AUGUCUGCAUAAAUAAGACCUGAAGAACAAGAAUACUCUGAUAAAUCUAUUAUAUAAGAUUAGACUUUUGACAUAGCCGCUCUUGUAAAACCUGGGCCACUUACUCUGCCACCAAUAGAAACAGAAAGAAAGCGAUUGUUUGAAAAAAUCUAUCAAAUAAAAAUUGAUGAAUGUCAAUCAGAGUCAAGUAAAGGAGAAUCAGCUGAAUAAAGUCUAGAUAAUAUUCGAGAACAUAAUGAAGAUGAUGAUUCAUUAAAAAGAAUUUCAAGUAAAUCUACUCAAAUUUACCCAAAAACUUUUGAAGGAACUGGAACUUAAUUAGACUAGCUCUAAGAAAUUAAAAAAGAACUUGUCCCUUUAGAUCUUCAUAAUAAAAUUGAAUCAUUAGAAAUGAGAUGUAAUAAUUGCCAGUACCUAAUUGAAACUUAAGUUAAAACUAGCUGGAAGUUCGUUGACAUACUUUUAAAAUCUCUAUUACUCAUUUUUACGCUAGUAUUCACACCAUUGAUUUUCAUUUUGGUUAUUGUAAUAUCAGCAUGUCUCGCUUCAGAUAUUUGUAAGAAUGUAUCAAGAACAUUUUAGACUCUUAAGUAAAGAAUAUUUUCGUGGGUCACACUUCAUGAGUGUCCGAAAUGCAAUAUUCUUGUUGCAAGAAGUAUUAAUUUUUGA